AUGGCAGAUCAAAAAUUAAAAGAUCAUUUAGAUGCUGAAAAGGCGAUUAAAAAAUAUGAUUUAAAUUUAUCAACUUUUAAUAUGAUUAAAAUUCAAGAUUUUCAAAAUUAUAAUUGUUCUACUAUUUUCUGGUAUUUUUAUAUGUGGAUAUUAGUAUUUUUAUCUAUUAUAUUGUUGGCAAUUGAUAUUUAUUCAUGUUUAAAUAUUUUGGUUUUCCAUAGAUGGGCAACUAAUGAUUAUAAACCUUAUGCUUAUUCUAUUGCAAAAUGGAUUUUCACUGGAUGUAUUAUUUUUCAAUUUGUAUUAUUAGCUUAUAGUUGGAUUUGGGCAAUACAUAUUUAUAGAACUAAAAAUAUUGCAUUAGUUUAUCUUAACUCCAUAUGUAAAAGGGUAUAUUCAAUUAAUAAUUAUAAUUAUUUUUGUUUAUUUAAUAGUAUUGAUGAAGGGAAAUUUUUUGAUGCUUGUUGUUUUAUAACUUAUUAUGAAAUUCAAAAUGCUUUACAGAUUUUAAUAGCUGAUACUCCAAGACAAGUUAUCAACGUAUUAACUUUAAGAUAUUAUGCUACGGGUGGAGAAUUAAAUAAUGAUAUUUUAAGAAAUAUUCAAGAAAUUGCUAAAACAAAUUUAAGAUUAUCUAUAAUCUUGAGCUUUAUGUGUCUUUCAGUUUUUAUUUAUGCUAUUUUUUUCUUUAAAUUUUUAUUUGGAAUGAUUAUGUAUAUUCCUUUAAAAUGUGUUUUGGUUGAUGGAAAAUAUACAACAUUCAAGAGUUAUUGUUCAUUUUUGAUAAAUGAAUCAGUAUCUCAAGCAGUUAAUAAACAUCAUAAACCAAAAAGAGAAUUAAUUGAAGAAGGUAUAUUAAGUGAAGAAAGAGCAAAUAAAUUAAUAUCAUUAGAUAAACAUCCUUCAGAUUAUAAAGAUUAUACAAGAGUUUAUUAUUCAAGAACUGAAUCUUCAGAAAGUUUCCCACUUAAUGAUUUAACUAGUUCUAAAACUAAUUUAUUAAAUCAAACCUACAACGAAUCAAGACCUUUUCUACAUACAGAUCCUUCUUUAGAUCAUUUACAAAAUUCACAACAACAAGAACUGACUUACUCAACGUUAGGUAAUAAUAAUGGACAAAUACCGUUUAAUAGAAGAUUAAGUCAAUUACAAAAUAGAAAUCAAUCAAGAAAUCAAUUUAAUAAUUAUAGAAAUCCUUCACAACCAUUUCAAAAUCAAGAAUUAUAUCAAAACAAUAACAACUCCAACCAGUUAUUAGACAAUGACUACAACCAAUAUACCGAGUAUAAUCCACAACCAUUUAAAAAAUCAAUUAAUUUACCAAAACAAAGAAAUAACUCAAAUAACAACUACUCAAAUACAAGACUACCAAGUAAACCAUCAAGAUCAUACACUCCAAUAAAAGGACUAGAAUCAAUUAAAAAUCAAGAGCAUGACAAUUUUGAAUCACCAGAAAUAACACUAAAUAAUGAUAUACAAAAUUACCCAAAUAAACCAUUAGUCAAAUCAUCAACUGAACAAUUCCACCAACAUCAACAAAAUCCAAAAAUUUUACAACGAUCAUUUACUGAUGAAUUACCACAAAAUUUAACACGAAAGAAACCAAAUCCAUUUGAAGAAGAAGAAACCACCGAUAAUUUUAAUUUUCGAGAACCACCAAAUUUUCAAUCAAAUACAAUUUCAAAUUCACCACCAAUAAGUAAAUUCGAAGAUGAAAUAUUAGACGCUUAUGAUACUGAUAAUAGUAUAGAUAAUAAUGAUUUUUUGGUUCCUAGAGAUGAAAAUAUACCCUAUCCUGUAAGAGGAGUUUCUAAGUAUUUUGAUUUGGAGAAACAACGAUAG